CGCGCCGCCGUUGGCGCAAACCCUUGGACCGGCUGCGCCUCCACCACAGCCACACACCCAGAACUAGGUAGGGGAGGAGAAGGAGAGGAAGCCGAGAGGCGGCGGCGGAGAUGGUUUCCCUGAAGGUGCAGAAGCGGCUCGCCUCGAGCGUGCUCAAGUGCGGCAAGGGCAAGGUUUGGCUCGACCCCAAUGAGGUCAACGAAAUCUCCAUGGCCAACUCCCGCCAGAACAUCCGUAAGUUGGUUAAGGAUGGGUUCAUCAUCAAGAAGCCCCAGAAGAUCCACUCAAGGUCUCGUGCACGCAGAGCCCAUGAGGCCAAGCAGAAGGGACGUCACUCAGGAUAUGGUAUAACUUUGCCGCAACAUUCAUACUACUGUAGUAUCAGUAUGGCCGAUAAUCUGUAUAUUUACCUCAAUUUGCUGUUUUUAGGUAAGCGUAGGGGUACCAGGGAGGCUAGGCUCCCCACAAAGAUUCUGUGGAUGAGAAGGAUGCGUGUGCUCAGGCGUCUCCUUCGCAAGUACCGUGAAGCUAAAAAGAUUGACAAGCAUAUGUACCAUGACAUGUACUUGAAGGUCAAGGGUAACAUGUUCAAGAACAAGCGUGUGCUUAUGGAAAGCAUUCACAAGUCUAAGGCUGAGAAGGCAAGAGAGAAGACGCUCUCUGACCAGUUUGAGGCUAAGCGUGCCAAGAGCAAGGCGAGCCGUGAGAGGAAGAUAGCUAGAAGGGAGGAAAGGCUGGCUCAGGGCCCAAGGGAACAUGUUGCACCAGCAGCAGCAGCUCCUGCUCAAACUGCAGUUGCACCAAAGAAGGCAAAGAAGUGAAGAUCUGACGUGACGUUUUGUUUACCGAGUGAAAUCAGUUUGGUCUUAGCUAAAUUUUGAAGUAUGAACUGUUUUGUUCAGUAUUUAAGUAUCUUUAUCCCAGAUACCAUGGUUACUAUGUUUCGUGCUACUGGAUGUAGUAUUAGAUGCUUAUGCAAAGUUUCCUUUGAAAUUGUGCUGGUGAUAGCUCGUACGAUUUUGUCCUCUUAACCAGCAGCAAUUGCUGUUACCCUUUGUGACGUGCUCAAAUUCGUGUUCA